AUGGUUCGCGUCGUAUCACUGAGCGGGCGAGAGGUCGACGUCCGCUCGGGUCCCGAGGACACCUUGGGCGAUAUCGCCGAGAAAGCCAGAGUGGCACUCGGCACCUGCCGCGGACGGCUUCUCCUCGGCACCGACGUCCUCGACUUCGACAGCAAGAUGAAGGAUGUGGGGGAUGGAGUCCUGACGUUCCAGUCAAUUUUGCCCCGCACGCUGGCGAGUUUGAGGGCAUACACGAUCCUGUACGGCGACGGCACCGCGGAGGCGGUGGGGGACCCUGAUCUCGGUGGCCGAGGUGGCGCGCAGGGGGUGAAGGCGGGCCCUGCCCUCUUGCUCUGCCCAGGUCUCUUCGGCGCGGCGCCUGGAAUGCUUGCCUGGAGUCUUCGGCACGGCUCGCGACGGCUUCGCGCAUCGCCUGGGCCCUGGUGCUCUCUUUGCUGCCUCUUCGAAGCCGGCUGGUUGGCAUGCUUGUGCACUCGUCGCAGCUUUGUUGAUUUCCCGAGCCCCCCAGCUUCAGGGCUAGGUGCGAUGACGCACUUUCGCCGCUCGACGGCCGUGCACGUGGUCCUCGACCCCGCGCUGCCCGACCUGGCUCGGGUCGGCGCUCGCCUCGGCUUGGGCGACUAUCCGGCCUGCUGCGACUGCCUGCUGGAGCUCCUGGACGCGAGCCGGUGCUCCGAGUCUGACCGGAUCACGGUUCAGCGAGCCAACGCUGAGUUGCAGAGGCUCCGGAACAAGCUGGACCUCUUUCCCGAGUCGGAGCUGUCCAAGGCUCGCCAAGAGGCGCAAGGGGCGCCAUCUGCCGCGGAGCAGAUGUUUGUGACGCUGCCUUCGCAGUCGGCAUCUGCCAAGAGCCGCUCCGUUCUUCAAGGGCGAGGUUUGGGAAGGGGCUCCUCUGCUCCCAAGGCCAGUUUGGACAAGUUCAUGAAGCAGAUGAGGAAUACGACCGAGGUUGCACAGCCCAGCGAGCCGGUUGCAGAGCCCAGCGAGCCGGUUGCAGAGCCCAGCGAGCCGGUUGCACGCAGCGAGCCGGUCGCACGCAGCGAGCCGGAGGUUGCAGAGCCCAGCGAGCCACAGUCCAGCGAGCCGAUUGCACACAGCGAGCCGGUUGCAGAGCCCAGCGAGCCGGUUGCACAGCCCAGCGAGCCGAUUGCAGAGCCCGCGGUUGCACUCAGCGAGCUGGUUGCAGAGCCCAGCGAGCCGGCGCAGCCCAGCGAGCCAGAGCCCGCGGCGGCGCAGGUUGCAUUCAGCGAGCCGGCACAGCCCAGCGAGCCGGCGGAGGAGGCAUCAGCCGAGCCGGAGCCCUUCAUGAACGGAAAGCUGGGCGAGCCGCUCAAGGAGUACAGGGACCACGUGGUUGCGAAGCAAGACUUUGAGCACUACGGCCCGGACUGCCCGCUGGAGGAAGUCCGACGCUUCCGGGAGUGCCUCUAUCGCGACGAGAAGGACACGGCGAACUUCAACCCCUACUGGGUCGUGCUGGAGUUCCCCACUCGCACUGGUGUGGGGCAGCUGCCAGAGUGGAACGGCGCGAUGGCCUUCUGUCUUCGCGAAGGCGAUCCCACGAACUUCAUGCUCGUGAGCAAGAACAAGGGCGUCGCGGUGCGGGCCGAGAACGUCUUCAAGGUGAAGAAGGAUUGCCUGCCCGCGCUGUUCUCCGCGAUCCUCCAGGCCGGCUGGCAGCGGGGCAACAUCCGCAUCUUCGACAAGGGGGGCCUACUCGCGGCGGAGUUUUCCCCACGGGCGGCGCUCCGAAGCCUGGAGCACCUCGACCCCGUCGGCUACAUGUCCCACAUGGCCAAGCUGGAGGACCGCUUCGGAGGCGACACGGCCCUGCGGACUCGCAAGCGCAAGGCCACGACCGAGGAUGAGUACAUCUACGUGCAGCGGGAGGCCCUCAACAAGCUCCGCAAGGCCGUUGAUGAGGAAAAGGAGGCCAAGGCGAUGCUUGCGAAGUCCACGCUUUCCAUCGCAGACUUCAACUACGAGACCUGCCAGUGCUGGUAUUGGGACGAGCCGAGUGGCUGCAAGAAGUCCGUGCCCUUGGACGAGGCCGUUGCCACCGCCAUCCAGACGAGGAGAACCAUAGUGCUUUACGGGCCUCCAGGUCGAGGCAAAUCGCCCUUCGCCAAGGCACUGGCCGGCUGGUACAUGCAGCACGUCCUGGAAGGCAAGAUCGACGAGAUGAUCUUCACCGGCACCGUGGACAGCCUCCGCAAGGCGUACCAGUUCAACCUGCUUCAGGGCGGGCGGCCCCUGGUUUUCGAUGAUCUCCUUGCCAACCGGCAAAACGUGGGGAGCCAAGGCGGAGGACCGGACUUUGUCAAGCAGCUCUUGGGCAUCUCCCGGGAUGAUCGAGCGACUCUCCAGAGUCGCUACGCAGACAUGCAGAUCCCGCAGGAUUGCCUGAGAAUCAUGACAGUUCAAGAUGUCGACAAGGUGCACCCGGGGCUCCAGGUCAUGCACAGCGCCACGGAAACCCACAUCCCCAAGGAGUUCUGCGGGGACUUGCAUGACAUGCCCAUCAAGGAGCAUUUCGACGUGGACCGCCGGGCAAUCCUCAAGAGGAUGGUCGCGAUCUUCGUCCCCGAUGGCAUCCUGAAAGGCGAGGUGCUGGGUGGCCGCGUCGAGUCUGAUCAGGAGAACAUCGCCAGGCUGCGGGAGCUCUGGAGUAAGACCGUCGGCUGA